UCGCUUGCACACAACCCUCUCCGUGCCCGGCGGCCCCAGCGGCACCAUGCACCUCUCCCAGCUGCUCGCUUGCGCCCUGCUGCUCACCCUACUCUCGCUCCGGCCCUCCGAAGCCAAGCCCGGGACGCCACCGAAGGCCCCGCGAAACUCCCCGGGAGAGGAGGUGGCCGAGCCCCAGGCUGCUGGCAGCGGUCAGAAGAAGGGCGACAAGACCCCCGGGGGCGGCGCCAACCUCAAGGGCGACCGGUCACGACUGCUUCGGGACCUGCGCGUGGACACCAAAUCGCGGGCGGCGUGGGCCCGCCUACUGCACGAGCACCCCAACGCGCGCAAAUACAAAGGAGGCAACAAGAAGGGUUUGUCCAAAGGCUGCUUCGGCCUCAAGCUGGACCGGAUCGGCUCCAUGAGCGGCCUGGGAUGUUAGUGUGGCGCCCCCUGGCGGCGGACUGGGAAUCGCUCCGCACACUGAGGUCAUCCUUGGUCUCCAGCCGCCGGCAUCUGGAAACACCUCCAAUGCGAUGUGGCUUUUACAUUUCUUUUUCUUUUUUUUCUUCCCCUGGUACUGGGAAUACACAACACCAGCUGUUUUAUUAUUAUUUGGGGAGGGGAGGGUAUGAUUUUAUUGUUUGUUUUUUCUUGGAAAUGAAAAAUAAAAAGUUAUAUAUUAUAUAUAUAUAUAUAUUAUAUACAUGGAACACACCUACACCGACUUGACGGCAAGGGACGGUUUUUAAGAGACUGACAAAACCAGCUGUAAAACAUUGCUGUUUGUAAAUUCAUGUCAUGCAUAAAUGUAUUUAUGUUGUAAAGCUAUUUAUAUUGUUUAUAAAGAGAUAUUUAUAAAAAUUUUAUUUAUGUAACUAAAUGAAAGAAGCCAAUCAUUGUAAUGUUUUUGUCCUAACUAGUUGAAAAAUGUAAAAAAAAAAAAAAAAAAAAGUCAUUCCAUGAACAUCU